GGAAGUGCCCGUGCGCAUGCGCAGUGUGCGCGGGGCCGGGGCCGCGCUGAGUGCCCCCGGUGCCGCCAUGCCCAACGUGUAUUCGCUGGACGGGCUGCUGGUGUUCGGGCUUCUGUUGGUGUGCACCUGCGCCUACCUGAGGAAGGUGCCGCGCCUGAGGGCCUGGCUGCUGUCUGAGAAGCGCGGCCUGUGGGGCGUCGGCUACAAAGCUGCCGUCAUUGGCACACGGCUGCAUGUUCCUGUGGCCAUCUCCUGUGUGCUGAUGGCCUUCUACGUCCUCGUGGUGAAGUGACCCCGCCAGGACCCCGUGGCAGCCACUCUGAGUCCGCCUCGUCCCAGUGCCCGCUGUGGGGCAGCACCAGGUGUCACCAUACACCG